UUUCGUCCCCUUGAAACUCUUUUCAAAGGAGAAUAUUGUAAAAUUACGCCGGCUUCACUAAAAAAUAACAACAUGCCCAAAGACGUUGGAGCCUAUUUAGCUGAGCAACAAAAGAAAUCAUCAGGAGAAGUUGCGUCAGAAUGGGCUAAGAUGGAAGAGCUCUAUAACAAAAAGUUAUGGCAUCAGCUUACAUUGAGGCUUCAGAAUUUUGUGAAAAAUCCAAUAUUCAGCAAAGGGGAAGGUUUGAUAAGGAUGUAUGAAAACUUCAUUUCUGAUUUUGAGCAUAGAAUAAACCACCUGUCUUUGGCUGAGAUAAUUAUAUUUGUAGUGAAACAGAUUGCAGAUCCCAAGCAAGCUAUAGAUUUCUUGGAAAAGAUAAAAGAAAAGGUGAAGGCAAGCACAGAAGCUAGGGUUUUAUGUCUGACACAGAUUGCAACCAUAAAGUUAAAGACCAAAGAUCUUGAUGGAACAAAGACAGUAGUGGAGGAAUGCCAGGGUGUAUUAGAUACCCUAGAUGGAAUCUCAUCCGUACAUAGUCGAUUCUACGAACUGUCGAGUAACUAUCACAAACUCAUGGGAAAUCAUGCUGAAUAUUAUAAAGAAGCUCUCAGGUUUCUCGGGUGUAUAAAUGUUGAAGAUAUUCCAGCUGGGGAACAGGCAGAAAGAGCAUUUAAUCUUGGUCUAGCUGCUGUUUUGGGCGAAGGUGUAUACAACUUUGGAGAACUUCUAGCACAUCCAAUCUUAGAUUCACUAAAGAACACGGAGAAAGAAUGGGUCAUUUCGUUACUAUAUGCCUUUAACAGUGGAAAUAUUUCCAAGUUUGAUGAUCUCAAGAAAAACUGGGGAGGACAGCCUGACCUUGCAGCUCAUGAGAUUUUGAUGAGACAGAAAAUAUCUCUCCUUUGCUUAAUGGAGAUGACAUUCAAAAGACCAGCCACAAACAGACAGUUAACUUUUGCAGAAAUUGCAACAGAAACCAGAUUACCAGAAGGGGAGGUUGAAAUGUUGGUUAUGAAAGCAUUAAGUCUUGGAUUAGUGAAGGGAUCAAUAGAUGAAAUAGACCAUAGAGUACAUUUGACAUGGGUACAACCCAGAGUUCUAGAUCGUGAACAGAUUUCCACUAUGCAGUGUAGAUUACAGCAAUGGUGUGAAGAUGUUAAACAGAUGGAGAGAUUAGUUGAAGUGAAAGCACAUGAUAUUCUUACAUAAACCCUGACACAUACUUCAUCCUUACAGGAUGAAAUAACAACUCAUUUUACUGUUCAAUAUGUGAAUUUAAUUCUAGAUACUUAUAUGUAUCUUAAUUAGUAAGAUACAAUGUAUGUUUCGAGACAUACAAAAGUAUGCAUCCUUUGUUAAGAACCAGUGUAACCUUAUGCCUUAUUUAGAUUUAUCUGUUUCGAAGGCUUUCAAAUGAAUAAAAACAAUAUAUGUUUUGAAAUAGGUGUAUAUAUAGAGAAAGACUAAAGUUGUUCGGUAUAAAAAGUAUAUUAUGUAUACUUCUCAAGGCAUUGAACUUCUAAAUGUUUCAAAUGAAAUGAAACUUUUUAGGAUAAAGGUCAACAUUUUUUAAAUGCAGUAAUUUAUUAGUGAGUUAGAUGUCAUAUAUUUAUGAAGGUCAUUUACAUCAAUGUGCUAUAUUUGAAAACUUCUGAUAAAAAAACACACUAAAAUGUGCUAAAUAAAAUAAAUUUAUAAUGUUUA